AUGCUGCAAUCCGUUAAGAAAACGUUCGCAGGGGGUCGGAAGAAAACAGGAAGUAAAGCCGAGCACCACGAUAGCACCGCCGGUGCCGCCCAGCACCACGGGCACGCGCCGCCCCCUGCCGGUCCCGCCGGGGGACCAGCCCCCCGGGGCGCUUCAGGAGGAAAGGCUCCCGGGGCCAAUGCCGCAAAAGGCGCCGCGCCUGCCGCUGGCGCGGCGCUUCGAACGAGCAGCUUCAACAAGGACAAGUCAAACGCUGUAGCGAGUCCAGCUGUAGCGAAUCCGAACGUGUCGCCGUUCGCCGAGCCGCUCCCGCUUUUCCGGGACGUGGCGGCUCCGGAAAAACAGGCGCUGUUCAUCCGCAAGCUCGCGCUCUGCUGCCACACGUUCGACUUUGCGGACCCGCUUAAGAACAUGAAGGAGAAGGAGAUUAAGCGGCAGACGCUCCUAGAACUAGUCGAAUACGUCAAUUCCGGCACGGGGAAGUUCAGCGAGGCGGUGUUCGAAGACAUCGUGCGGAUGCUCCGCGCGAAUCUCUUCCGCGCGCUCCCCCCGUCCGCGCACGAGAACACGGGGUCGGAGGGGUUCGAUCCGGAGGAGGAGGAGCCGAACAUGGAACUCGCGUGGCCGCAUUUGCAGAUCGUCUACGAGUUUCUGCUGCGCUUUGUAGUUAGUAACGAGACUGACGCUAAGGUGGCGAAACGGUACCUGGACCAGCCGUUCGUGCUGAAGCUGCUAGAUUUGUUCAACUCCGAGGAUCCGCGCGAGCGCGACUAUUUAAAGACCAUUCUGCACCGGAUAUACGGCAAGUUCAUGGUCCACCGGCCGUUUAUCCGCAAGUCGAUUAACUACAUCUUCUACCGUUUUAUCUACGAGACGGAGCGGCACAACGGGAUCGCGGAGCUGUUAGAGAUCCUGGGCAGCAUAAUCAACGGGUUCGCGCUGCCUCUUAAAGAGGAGCACAAGCUGUUCCUGGUCCGCGCGUUAAUCCCGCUGCACAAGCCCAAGAGCGUGUCUAUAUACCACCAGCAGCUGUCGUAUUGUAUCACGCAGUUUGUCGAGAAGGACCCGUCGCUCGCGGACGUGGUGCUGCGCGGGCUGCUUAAGUACUGGCCCUUAACUAACAGCCAGAAGGAGGUGCUGUUUCUCGGGGAGUUGGAGGAGAUUCUGGAGCUCACGCAGGGCGCGGAGUUCCAGCAGGUCGUCGCGCCGCUGUUUCUCCGCAUCGCGCGCUGCCUCAACAGCUCGCAUUUCCAGGUUGCCGAGCGCACCCUGUUCCUGUGGAACAACGACUACAUCGUCAGCCUCGUGGCGCAGAACCGCGCUGCCGUGCUGCCGCUGAUAUUCGGGGCCCUUGAGAGGAACGCGAGGAGCCACUGGAACCAGGCGGUGAACGGUUUAACCAUCAACGUGAGGAAGAUGUUUCUGGAGAUGGACCAGGCGCUCUACGAGGAUUGCCAGAGGCAGUUCCUCCCCGUGCCCAAUGCAUGCUGUGCUGCAUCCCUUCCCUCCUCCCGCUCUCCUUAUCCUCCUUUACCCUUCAUUAUAGGCGGUGAACGGUUUAACCAUCAACGCAGGCAGGCAGGAAGGGACGUGCAGACGGGCAGGGAGCUCGCGUGGAGACGACUCGAGGAGGCUGCUGCUCGCUCGCCCAUGUAUGGGGACAGCGGCGGUGGGAGUGUUGGUGUUGGGGGUGGUGGGGUGCAGAGUCGAGAUAUGAGAAUGGGCAUGUCGUGGAGGCAUCGUGAGGGGUGGGAGAAAGCAGGGCAGGGUGAGGAGGGCUGGGAGGGAGGGGGAGGCCAGGGAAAGGGAGAUUCGCUCUUUGUCCGUGAGGACAUACGGAUUUCGUCGUUCGCGAAAGCUUUCGCCAUUUCGGACACACCGGUCGUGUCGCAAACGCAGGGAGGCAACUGCGGCAGUUCCAUAUUCGGCCAGCCGUUCCCUGACGAGAGCUUCGAGCUGAGGCACACCGGCAGAGGCGUUCUCUCCAUGGCGAAUCGCGGCCCCAACACGAAUAACUGCCAGUUCUUCAUCUGCUUCACUGCUACGCCUCACCUGGAUGGCAAGCAUGUCGUCUUUGGGAAGGUGGUUUCAGGAAUGGAUGUCGUUGACAAGCUGGAGUCAGUCGGUAGCGACAGUGGCAAGACGUUGGUGGAGGUUACUAUUCAGGACUGCGGCCAGCUCGUGUAA